AUGUUAAUGGCCGCCGUGUUACAGGAAGCGUGCCGAAUAGAUCCAACCUUCCUGAGGGACUACGGUAACUGGGUCGGGCUUAGUUACCGCCAGCUGUCGAUAAAUCAUUUGUACCAGAUAUCGACUGUCCAUUCGUUAGCAGCGGCCUCUAGUUCCCAACCUUUGUUAGAACUACCAACAUCGGUGGGGAUCCAAGUAAUAGCACCGCCCAGGAUAGAAGUAAAUGGCCUACCUUCCCAGGAGACCAAUCCAAAAGUAAAGCGUAAUCCUUCGUCUUCUUCCAGGACUCUUCUGCCUUGGGAAGCAAGUCCACGGGGAGUCUCCAACUCUUGUUUAAACGUUUCCUAUUCAUUCUUUAUCAAGAGAAUCCCUGAGGAGAUAAUUAAACUGCCAAUCACCCAGUUAACAAGAUACAGUUAA